AUGAUAGAAGUCUUGCCUGAAUGCCGGUCAUUUCCGGAAAUAAAAGCGGCUAAGAAAACUUAUGAACUCCGUGUAGCAAAUUCCAAAGAUCCAAAGAUAUUCUACAAAUAUAUUCGUAACAGGUUCACCGGACCUGUUAGAAAUCCACAACUUCGUAACGAGAAUGGCGUUAUAGUAACUGAUGACGAAAUCAUUGACAACUUAUUUACUGAGACUCUUGCGCAAUCUUGUCCUAGAGAGACAGUAACAAACACAACACCUCUGGUAUUCAGACCGAAGAUCAAUUUUGUCUUUAGCGAUAUAGGAUUCCCGGACGAAUUAAUUAAAAUCAAGUUGAGUAAAUUUAAAUCAACCACCUCACCUGGACCAGACGGGAUUACUCCGACAGUGCUUAAAACAUGUGCUGAGACCGUGUGCACACCUUUGAAGAUUUUAAUGACACAAUCUUUUCAAAACAGUCAAUUUCCUGAAGAUUGGAAAUUGGCCAUUGUAAAGUCGAUCUUUAAAAAAGGCGAUAAAUUUCAAUCUGUGAACUACAGACCAAUUAGUAUCUCGGUGGUCAUAGCCAAAAUCAUGGAAUCUAUUAUUUCCGAUGAGAUAAGAAAGUUUAUGCUUGCGAACAACGUCCUUUUCGCCGAACAACACGGAUUUGUCCCAAAAAAAGUUAAAGUCGAUGCAUCACUGAGUGAUCUGACCGCUGUGGGAAGUGGAGUGCCGCAGGGUUCGAUGCUGGGUCCGCUGCUCUUUAUAAGGUAUAUUCCGGAUUUAAAAUCAGAAAUCCAGUCAAGGUGUUUGUUCUACGCUGAUGACUUAAAAACUUACAAUGACAGUCCCACGAAUUGCAGUAUUUUGAGUAAAUAUUUUUAA